CCUUCGAAGAAAUGCUGUCAGCCUGGUUGUGUUCAGUGGCCGGAUUGCUCCUAAUCUGCCAUGCCUGUGUGACUUUCCGCAUGAAUGAAGGAGACAGCGUGUACGCCAUGACGGACGAUCCAAUGGACAAGUGCAUUGCAGCAUGUUACGUUUGCUUCCUUCAAAUGGAGGAAGCCAUGCUCAAUUGUGUCAAUUCCAUCUGUCAAGCAUCCGAAAGUAUGAAAUUUCCUGAGAAACCUGAGCAACUGUGCGCCUCACUACGGGCGCUCAGUAGAUAAUUCCGCAGUGGAUACUGUCCGACUUGAGCGCUUGACUGUUGCCAC